ACUAUGUUUAGUCGAGUUUAGUACAGAUAUAGGUCGGCUUUCGAAAAACAAAGUUGAAAUUCCUCAUCAUCAUGGUGAAACACGCUUACGAUGCAGUCCAUUUCUACAUGCAAGAGGUUGCCUCUCGCGUGGUGGCGAAGAGCGGGGUCCCAUCAGACAAACAUCAUAUGGGCAAGCUGAUACUGCACUGCUUGAAGGAAGAUCCCGAUUUUGUAUGCCAGAUCGAUGGAGCAACAGGAGAAUCAGAAACCAACGGCUCAGUGUUAGACAGGAGCAUUCGAUGCGCCAUCUCUCUCACUGAGCUGGGUCUGAAGAAGGGAGAUGUCAUGGUGCUCAUGGGACCGAACCACUUGAACUACUGCAUACCACAUAACGCGGCUCUGUUCCUUGGUAUCAUGGUGGCUUGUAUUGAUGAUACCUUGAAUGUCAAUGAACUAAAAGCAAUGUUUGAAAUUAAUACUCCUAAAAUCAUUGUCGGUCAAAACAAGAAAACAGAAGAUAUAAAGAAAGCGCUCGAUCUAUCUGGAGUAUUCGCUAAAAUUGUCACCUUUGAUAAAAGUCAUGAUUACACAAAUCUGGCAGAACUCCUGAAGGUUGAUAAUGUAGCAGCAAUCAAAGCAUUCAAACCUGUAGACAUUGAUCCUGAAGACGUGGUAGCUUACCUGACAUCCACCAGCGGUACCACAGGAGUGCCCAAGACUGCCAUGCUGACACACAAGAACUUAGCUAUUGCUAUACCUUAUAUAUGGACUGGUUUCACUCAAUUCCCGACACCAACACGGCUGGUGUUCGUGGUGUCACCCGGGCAGUGGCUGUCAGCUGGCUUCCACUACCUGUUCUCUCCAAUCAUGAAGUACACGCGGCUGCAGACAUCAGCUCCAGUCGUCCCUGAACAUUUCGCUGACUUGGUUAAUAAGUAUAAGCCCACCUACAUUGCGACUAGCCCAAACCUGAUGACGACCAUGCUGAUCAAUGCUAAAUGUGACUUCUCUUGCUUCGAAACCGUCCUCAUGGGAGGUAGUGCCGUGUCGACGGAGCUUAUCAAUGAAGUUAAGCGGAGAGCAAACACAGAUAAAGUAUACAGUUUAUAUGGCAUGAGUGAAUUGGGUGGACUAGUGGUGCACCACGAGCAUCAUCCCGCACCUGGCUCAAAUGGUAGAGUUGUUGGAUCUUGCGAAGCACGGCUGGUGGAUCCUGUGACUAACCAGGAUAUUGAAGAACCCAACGUCAAAGGAGAAUUAUGGCUCAGAGGACCAGUCGUGUUCAAGGGAUACCACAACAAUCUAGAGGUGACAAAAGAAACGUUAACAGACGACGGCUGGUUCAAAUCUGGUGAUAUUUUCUAUAGAGAUGAAUCGUGGAAUAUUUUCUUUGUUGAGCGAUACAAGCUGCUGUUGAAGUAUAGAAACCACCAGGUGUCUCCAGUGGAAAUUGAGGAAGUAAUAAUGAAGCACCCUGGCGUGUUCCACGUGGCGGUGACCGGGAUACCUGACAAGGAGUGCGGGGACCUGGUGGUGGCGUGCGUUGUGCCCAAACCUGGCUGCAGCCCCACAGCGCAGGAGAUCAAGGACCUGGUCAAAGAAUCGCUGACGGACUCCAAGCAGCUAAGAGGAGGGGUGGUUUUUAUGAAGGAGCUACCCUUUACCAGUACUGCUAAAGUCAACAGGAAGAAAAUCAAGGAGAUGGUGCUGGCUCUCAAAAGAGAAUAGGACUUAGUUUGAGAAAUAACGACUGAAUUAUGGAAUUUAUGGACAAAAUAAAUGGAUUUUUAAGUGUGCAAAAAGAA